CUAAGAGUUCGUGGGCUCACUCUUUAUUGGUGAAUUUAACAUAGGUUGGAGUUUAAAGCAUAAGAAGAGAAAACAAAACAAGCAACCGAGUGGCCCAAGUGGUCAGUGACUGCAAUCAGCUGAGAUGUGUAAAACAAAGGUGCCUCAGCGGGAGGAGGUGGCCUGGCCCUUUACCUAGUCACAUUUAUUGGGGAGCCAUCUAUGAAGCCAAUGCCUCCGCAAUUAAACGUUGUCAGACACUCAUAUCAUAAAAAAAAGGAAACCCAACUAUCAGGGGUUCCAGUAUGCUUGCCCUGACCCUGUCCUUGACCUUCUCCCUGGACCAUCCUGCAGGAAUGCUCUUUCCCCCUCCAAGGCUCCCAGCUGGGGCGGGCCAGCGCCUAUAAGGGGGAUCCCCGCUGCGGCCCGGUGCCUCCCGCAGCCAUGGACCCCCGUCGGCUCACCUGGGCGCUGGUGCUGCUGGGCCCGGCCUUGGCGCUCGCCCUAGGCCCUGCCCUCGCCCAGGAAUCACCCGAGAAGCUGUGCGGCCACCACAUCGUGCGCGCGCUGGUGCGGCUGUGCGGGGGCCCGCGCUGGUCCUCCGAGGAUGGGCGACCUGUGGCUGGCGGCGACCGUGAGCUGCUACAGUGGCUGGAAGGACAACAUCUCCUCCAUGGGCUGAUGGCUAGUGAGGACCCCGUGCUGGUACUCGCCCCACAGCCCCUGCCCCAGGCCUCUCGCCAUCACCACCACCGCCGCCACCGGGCAGCUGCCACCAACCCUGUCCGUCACUGCUGCCUCAGUGGCUGCACCCGGCAAGACCUGCUGACCCUCUGUCCCCACUGAACCCUCCUGGGGUGUGGCCUUGGGGAAGCCCGAGACCCACAGGGGUCCGGUCUGGUGAACUCCUAAUGCCACACAGCACCAUGAAGCCCCAUGUCUGGGGGGGACUUUGUUGAUUACCUCCUAGGACAAGGCGCUCACCACCUCACCGAGGCCACCUGUCCUCUGGGGGGCCAACUGAGGAAAACACCAGAUCCCAAACCUGGCUUGGAGGAUCCUUGGUUUCGUGGAGAUGCCAGACACCUGUUCUCAAACGUUCUCACCUCAGAGGAGCCCCAGUUACCCCGCUCCCUGCAUUUGACACCCCUCUUGCUGUGUUAUCAAUAGUAAAUAAAUAAGAUGCCU